AUGUCGGUUCCAAAGUCGGUCGUCUGCCUACUUCUCCUUUGUGGGGUUAAACAAUUCGUGAGUGGCACAUCGUCUGGUCGAUCCGAAAAGGUCGUCGGAACGGUGUGCAAGGUCCGCGAUCUCGAAAAGAUGGAAAAUAAUGGACAAAACGUGGCUAAUCCAGAAGUGAAGAAGGAAAUUCCAACCAUUCCUUACUCCGGAAGGGCCAGGAGGGAUACCGAAACUCUGGAAUGUUACGUUUGCGAUUCCACUACCGAAUCGGUGCCCAAGAAAAAUGAAGGAGUCAAAUCAGCAGAUAUGGCUCCCAUUCCUGCUCAUGUGAUCGCAAAGGAGGAGGAAUCGCUCCCUGACGAUGUGUUCGAAGCUGGAGCAGAACCUCAAGACGAAAAGAGCAACCGUCGUAACCAGAAGCGAGCUCCCACAACGUGCUGCAUCAUCAAGCAUGAGAACACUGCGAGCAAUAUCAAUUCAACACCUGCAAUCCAGGAAAGCUGCGAUCCUCUUUCUGAUACCGAAUGCAGCUUCUCGAAGACUAGCUGGAUUGGACAGUUCGCCAUUUCAGCCGAAUCCGCUCUCAUCUGAAGUCGGAGAAGAACAAUUCCACUGUAGCUAAGAUUGGGAGUAGCUUUGGGUUUUGGUGUAGAUGCUUGUCCCUAAUGCUUAGUGUACAGAUUUAGCAACGGUAGUUACAGUGGAAUAAAG